UUAACUUUUCUGCCUUUCGCCUCCACGACCAUCAUCAGGACGAGGCAUCGCGAUGCCGAGCUUGAGGUCGUCGGCUCACCAACACUCACAGGAGGAAGGCCUCAGCAUUGGAGGAGGCGGUUCUGUUCUAGCCCCGGCAGCCACGAUCACAGACGCCUUUGUGAGCGAUUCGCUCGCUUCGGCCUUCUCUUCGCUCGACAGGAUUCUCCUCGGAGAAUGGUCGAGCGCCCCAUCCACAGACGCCUCACAGUCGACAGGCAGCCUCGAUUGUCGAGCCUCAGGCAGCCGCAGCGCCAGGUUUGCCCCGCCGCCCGGUCAAGGUAGAGCUGAGACGGGGGAAAGUCAAGGUAUCGCUCGCGCAGAGCUGGUGCCGCGCGAAGCCCCGGCGCUCAGAGCCGCGCCGAGGCGAUCGGAGCAGGCACAUGAUGGCAACCCGCCCUUGACUCUGUGCAGGCCCCUGGCUGGCGGAAGGACCCUGGACGAGAUGAGGCAACGAUCAAAAGAGAUGGAAAAGAGGAGGGUGGCUGUGCUCAAGACACGAUGUGAAGAGGGAUCGAGCUUGAUGUUGGAGGCAAUGACGAGUGGCCAGGCUUGCGACAGUGAGCACGAGCAGCUGCUGGCUACGGAGCCAGAGCACACUGCGAAGAGAGCACUGGGGAACUCCGCAUCGCAGGAAGGCGUUCAAGAUGGUCAGGACGAGCAGAUUUCAAUGACUGAUUCGACCGGACAAGCGCAGCAAGCACUUGUGCAUACGAUCGAUGCCGCCGGUGUCCCUGUGGCGACGGAUCCCCAAUACGGUCUGCCGACUGCUUCGAAUCCUGGUUCGGAAGCAAGCACGCCAUCGAAGAAGAGAACGUAUGAGUGGGCAGCAAAGAGGGACCGCCGCAUCGCCAGAAGGCGAAAGGAGCCUCCCAUGACAAGACGUCGAUCCCAAAGAGCGGAGAAGGAAAGCCACCCUGUCAAUGAGUCGCCUGUGCAGACAGACAUUCGAAAUAAAGAGAUCGGACGCUCAUCAACUGCCGCACAUCAAGUCUUGCAGGAGCGCACUUCUCAGACUUCGAACGAACCUGUCACAUCGGACAUAACAUCUAGCAAUGACCGUUCCUCUAAUAUUAGCGGCAUUGCCGAGAAGGAGAAAGAGGCCGCUUGGAAGUGCGCCAACACACAAGAAUUGACGGAUCCCAGCUUUGGCGACGAGCAGGAGGGUGCGCAAGAGGAAGAGCAGGCACUUCCUUUACAACCAAUUGCAGCGAAGCGGCCGUCGGCCGCGGAACGUCCUGCGACGCGACGCAGGGGAGCCAAAGCCGCUGCUCCGCCUCCGCUAGUUGCCAAGGCGCAGCUCGACGUCGGACCGACCGCAACUCCGCUUCCUUGCGCCGAUGCUAGCGUCAACGCAGUGGAGGACGGCCGGAUCGGGCCACUCAGAGCUGCAACGAGGGCAGAGGAGGUUUUAGUGGGCGAAGCAAGUCGAGGCAUGAGCGAAACAGAAAGCGAAACAUCAACGGACGAGUCCGAUGCCCCACGGGACCGUCAUAUCGGCGAAGACUAUCGUGGAGCCUCUUCUCGAGCUCGCACGUCCGAAGCUGCGAAGAGUGCCAACAUCGUUAACGGUGCGGCACGGAUACAAGACGAUGAAGAAAGCGAGACCGAGGACGAGGACGCUUCCAGGACCACAGAAGUACCUCCAAAACCGACUAUCAUCGGAACCAUUCUUCUCUCACCACCAUCCAGUCAGGUCGGCAAGAUGGGUCGGCGUUUCUUGUUUGAGCCGUCGCCAUCGUCGUCCAGAACAAGAGCUGAAGGAGCUCCAGUCAAUUCUCUCACGUUGCCGGACGGUCGUGAGAAUUGGACGACGAAUUGGAGAGGUACUGACUAUAGGAAAAAGCAAAAACGAACGAGAGCUUCUGCCUCAGGACAAAUGGCAAGGGAAGAAGGAGAUGAAGGAGAAGUUCGGGUAAGCACCAAGAGGCGCCGUCUACCAAAAGGUGGUGCAACGGAGAAGAACCCGACGGUCGCCGCUCGCUCGUCGAGGGCUUCCAGGGGAACCGCGCCAGAAGCGAUCUCGACUGCCUCUUCCUCGGCACCAAUCAACACCAAAGACACAGUCAAGGCAUCAAAGAAGAAAGGGAAGUGCCCAGUUGCGCCGGCUGGCCUUCCUCUGUUUGUCAAUCAGACUUUCCUCGUUGUUGGCUUCUGGGGAAAUGUUGCUCGCUACAAACGACUCAUCAUCAAGCACGGCGGAGCUCUCUACGAUGCUCAGCAUGAGCAGAAAGAAAAGAGAAAGGUGUCGCACAUCGUCGGGUGCCUCGCUUCGGAAAAGAGAGCAAGCAAGAGUGACGUCAAAGGAUGGAUCGAAGAGAUCGUCAAGACACUCGACCUCGACAAAGAGCAGAAGGGGGCACCGGAAGCCUUUAAAGGCUGGAAAAAAGCGCACAAGGUGGAUUUUAUCGAGUCGGCCUGGAUCAGCGACUGUAUUGCUAACUGUCUUUCGAGCCAAGAACUGCCUCCCACGACCAAACACAAUGUCGACCUCACAGUUCUGGGCGACUGAGACCAGUAAAUCUUUGUAUCAUGCUGUAUAUUAUCACUGAUUUGAUUCCCUCCCAUCUUGGUUCACUAACC